ACGCGGACGCAGGUAUGGGCUGGCGGCUCCGAGCCCAGUGGGGCGUGGCGGUGCCGCCUCGCUAAGGCUGGCCGGCCUCGGCCGGGCUUUACCAGGCGGUUAUGACUCACAGCCACGCUCGCCCACGCGAGGACGCGCCAAGGGGCUGAGCUGGGCCCGGGGCUGGCCAGGCUCCCUCCCACCGGGCCUCAGUUGACGUGGCGGAGGUUCAACUUUCGCACCUGCGAUUCUCGGAGCCAGCCUCAAAGAGCGACCCGCGGAAAGGGUGGAAUUACACCGGGUCUAGAAACAAAUCAGCCUGAGAAGCAGUUGUGCAAGGAGGGUUAGGACGGCUCCUUUUGACUGCAGGAUCAAGUGUUUACUUAGAUGUCUCCUUUGAGAAACCUGAUGUCAUCAUUGCAAAAGGAUGAAAAGAACUGAAGAAUUAGUAACUGAAAAUUAUAAACGAGAAGAAAUAACUAUUCUUCGUUGUUGGAAAUGUAGAGAAUGUAUAGCAAGUUCUGGUUGUUUCAUGAAAUGCCAUGGCAAUCAAGUGAUUAAGGAUAGUCAUGCUCCAGCUGAUGCUCAAAGUAUUUGUCAUGUGUGGCACAUGAAUAUAGAAGCCCUUCCAGAAUGGAUAAACUGCCAGAUACAAAAAGCCCAGUGGACAGUUGGAAAACUGAAUUGUCCUUUCUGUGGGGCCCAUUUAGGGGGCUUUAAUUUUGUCGGCACUCCAAAAUGUUCCUGUGGCCAGCCUACAGCUGUACGUCUCUCAAAGAGCCGGACCGAUUAUCAGCCAACACAGGCAGAUGGACUAAUGAGACCAUCGCUGAAAUACUUGUUACAUCCUAGAGUUCAGACAGGUGGUGCUUCAAAAAACAGAAAUUACAGGCUUUUAAACAUGGCCCAAAAUAAUAAUGGCCCUGGAAGAUUAACAGAAGCACUCUGCCUGGAGGUACGAGCAACAUAUUUUGAGUUGAAUGAAAAACUGCUCUUCAAAGCAUCAAAUCCAAAAUACCAGCUUUUUGUUCCUCGGCUUGUGACUGGCAGAUGUACUGCAAGAGCUUUUCAUAGAAAAUCACAUAGCUUGGAUCUGAACAUCACUGAGAAACUGACUUUAUUACCCACUUUUUAUGAGAUACAUAGUAAAACUACUGCCUAUCCUAGGCUAAAUGAAACACAGGCUAUCGACCUUUCUGACUUGCCUUUAGAUUCUAAUAAAAAUAGCUGUCCCUUUCAGAAUCCAUCCAGUUUUGAUCCUGAUGUGCUGCUGCAAACAUUUUCAGUGGCUCCCCGUAAGACCCAGACACGAAGAGAAUUUCAGUGUGGUCUAGAAGCUUCUGCAGUGUACUCUGGCCAUGCUACUUCUAGCAACCUGACUUUCCUGAUGGAUCUGCCCUCCACUGGCAGGAGCAUGCUGGAGGUCUCAGACCAGGAAGAGCACCUUUCCCCUCUGGACUUCCUGCACUCAGCCAGUUUUUCCUUGGGUGCCAUUAACCAGAGACUCAGUAAGAGAGAAAGAAGCAAGUUGAAGAAUCUGAGAAGGAAACAACGAAGGCAUGAAAGAUGGCUACAGAAGCAGGGUAAAUGUCCAAGAGUGAGAUUGCUGAAUCAUAUGACUUUGAAUAAUGAGAUGAGUACAGACGAUGAUAAUGAAUACAAAGAAGAAAAAGAAAGCUACGUCUGUGCAGUGUGUCUGGAUGUUUAUUUCAACCCUUACAUGUGUUACCCUUGCCAUCACAUCUUCUGUGAGCCCUGCUUACGGACGCUGGCCAGAGACAAUCCUACAAGCACUCCCUGCCCGCUGUGCCGGACAAUUAUUUCUAGAGUCUUUUUUCAGACAGAACUGAACAAUGCCACAAAAAAGUCCUUUACUAAAGAAUAUUUGAAAAUAAAACAAAGCUUUCAGAAAUCGAACUCUGCAAAAUGGCCCCUACCAAGCUGCAGAAAAGCAUUCCAUCUUUUUGGAGUGGUAACAAUUAUGCAUUCUCUUUGCCAAUCAACAUCAGGUUUCUUGUUUUCAUUCAUUUUGGUUUCCACAGACGUGCAGCUCCAGUUACAAGAAGGCAGUUUCCACAUGGUGCACAUAGGAUGGAUUAUCUGUACUUUGAGGAUGAUAGCCGUGGAUGGUGGUUUGACAUGGAUAUGGUGAUCAUCUAUAUUUAUUCAGUGAACUGGGUCAUUGGAUUUAUUGUUUUCUGCUUUCUUUGCUAUUUUUUCUUUCCAUUUUAGGAAUUUUCAUACCUUAAUACAGUUGAACAAUCAUAUAAAACCUAGAUGAUUAAAAUAACGAUUACUUAAACUUAUCUUAAAAUGUGCUUUGAUGUUUUAUAAUGUUGCAUUAUAAAAAUUGUUGGUGUUUAUAGAAAGCCUAAAAAUAAUGGACUUAUUUAUUGAUGUUUUCCAUGUAACAAACUAAACCUUAUUCAAGAACUAAGCUAUCCAGCACUUAGCAGCAGUGCACUAUUAGUUUCACAGUCCUUGGUUUAGGAUUUUGGGUUCCAAUUUUACAAUGUCAUUUUUAUACUUAUUUUUAUUGUAAAGACUGAGGAUUUUCCCUCCAUUCAAAAAUAGUCAAACUACAAAAUAAUAUAAUUUGGAUAGAUAGUAUCUAUUGCUAACAUAUUUAGUCACUUGCUACUUAUUCUUAGGCAAAUUAUAUGCAUUAAAGAUUAACUGUAUUCUCUGGGAACUAAUCUAGCAGGGUAUAUUUGGGAUUGGUUUCCAAUUAUCUCUAUUUAUGUCCCCUUCUAUCACCAAGAAAGCUGAGUAACCUUUUUGUACAGAAAUAAUAAUAGCUUUAGUGAAAUAUCUUUUAUUAUUGCAAGAAACAUAAUAGUUAAUACAAAAAAAAAGAAAAAAAAAUUCAGACUAACCUCCACCAUCA